AUGGCGCUAGCCGCAGAUCAGCGGAAGAGGAUCCUCAAGGUCUUGAUGAUCUCGUUGCUCUUGGAUUUGAUAUCCUUCACCUUCAUUCUCCCGCUCUUCCCCUCCCUGCUCACGUUUUAUCGCAACAAUGACCCCUCCCCGAACUCCCUCUUGAAUCGCAUCUUCCACUACCUCAACGCCUACAAGAACUCGUUUGCCAAGCCUAUCGACUCGCGUUAUGACAUUGUCCUUCUUGGAGGUGCCCUCGGGUCUCUGUUCUCGUUGCUGCAGGCCAUCGCCGCCCCCUUCAUCGGCCGUCUCUCCGACAAACAUGGUCGCAAGACUGCUCUGCUCUACUCGAUGCUGGGCAACACCCUCAGUGUUGCACUCUGGGUCGCCGCCACCGAUUUUCGAACCUUUCUGGCCAGUCGCGUUGUCGGCGGUUUGAGCGAGGGCAAUGUGCAGCUCGCCCACGCUAUCGCCACUGAUAUCAGCGAUCCGAGUCAACGCGGCUCCACCAUGGCCUUGGUGGGCGCCUGCUUUAGCAUUGCCUUCACAUUUGGGCCGGCGCUGGGAGCGGCCCUUUCGACCAUCACCACAGUAGCUGCAAACCCGUUCGCAACGGCGGCGGGGGUGUCUCUGCUCCUGAUCGUCGUCGAGACGACAUACCUGUACAUGUGUCUUCCAGAGACGCAUCCUCGGCUCACCAAGUUGAGCCAAGCGACUACAUCCACAUCUGGAGCCACUGCUGCACCGUCCGACAGCGCGACCGAAUCAUCUGCCCCUCGCAAGCACACCAACAAGCCGGCCAUUCUGAAUGCCAUCCAUUUCCUCUUCCUCCUACCCUUCUCGGGCAUGGAGUUCUCCCUGCCGUUCCUGACCGCAACCUUCUAUGCCGCAGGCUCCGGUAGCCCGUCUGCCCUGAACGGUCGUCUUCUGUCCAUGAUGGGACUUAUCGCCUCCCUACUCCAGGGGAGCGUCGUGCGGCGACUGCCUCCGCUGAUCAUCGUGCGUGUUGGUGUGGUCGCCUGCGCCGCCUCGUUCUUCCUCCUUGCUCGCGUCUCGUCUCUUGCGGGAUUAUACGGUGCCGGUAGCUUGUUGGCCGUUACCAGUGCCACGGUGGUCACCGGUCUGAACAGCCUGGGCAGUCUGGAGGCCCGGGAAGGAGAGCGCGGAGCCGUCCUGGGCCGGCUGAGAAGCUGGGGACAGGCCGGUCGCGCCGCGGGACCGGUGCUGUUCUGCUCGCUGUUCUGGUGGGCUGGACGGGAGAUCGCUUACACCACCGGUGGAUUCGUCAUGGUGAUUGUCUGUGCGGCGGUUUUCACGACCCUCAAGUCACCCCCGGUCGGUCCGACUGCACCUGCCCAAAAGAAGAAGGCCUAG